GAAUAUCAUGUGACUUCUAAAUUGGACAAAAUGUCGGCGGUCAGAAGUGCGUGUCAGCUGUUGCCUUGUAUAGAUGUCAAUGAGGGAGAUUAUGAUGGAGUUGUCAUAGUAACAGAUUGUAGCAGUAAAUUAACUGGAAACCUUCAGGCUCUACAGGAGCCUUUGGAACAGUAUAAACAGAUUGAUGCUAGUUUUGGCAAAGAUGUAUCUAUACUGUACCUCCCAUCAUUGCCAUCAAAAAGAUUGAUUUUCUCUCCCACUGGACCAUUGAACAGAGAUCAGGAUGAUGUUAGAAGAUUUGCUGAUGCAGCUAUCAAGGGAGUUAAACGGGCACUGAGUGCUGGUUGCAAGGCCCCAAUCCUGGUUAGACCAAUUGAUGAUACCUUCCAAUAUGCAGGUCCAGUUGCCACAUUAGGAGCCCUACAUUCUCUCUACGUGCCAUUGGAGGUGAGAGAGGGCUGCCCAGACCGUGCGGCUAAAGUGUCUAAGAUGGCAGUAUGGUGCAAUGAUCUCAACAGAGUUACCACAAGUUUGAAGUGGAUUGAAGCAUUAGAAUCCGGCAGGUUUGUUGCCCGAGAUAUAGGUGGCUCUGAUCCUGAGAGAAUGGCUGCCCCUAGAGUAGCAGAAUAUAUCACUGAUCUCUUCAAAGAUACCAGUGUCAAGGUUGAUGUUUGGAGUGGUCAGGAUGUGUUUGAAAGAGAAUAUCCCCUCUUAGCAGCAGUCAACAGGUGUGCAGCAGGAGUAACUCGUCACCAGGGUCGUGUUGUUCACCUUGAAUAUGAGGGUGAGGGCCCCAUUAACCAGACACUGUUCUUCGUAGGCAAGGGUAUCACAUAUGACACUGGUGGCGCUGACAUCAAAGCUGGGGGUGUCAUGGCAGGAAUGCACCGAGACAAAUGUGGUGCAGCGGCAGUUGCGGGCUUUUUCCAGGUGCUAGCAGCUUCUAAGCCAAGGGGGAUCAAAUGCGUAGGAGUUCUGGCUAUGGUCAGGAACAGUGUUGGCUCAGAUUGUUAUGUGGCGGAUGAGAUCAUAACCUCACGUGCUGGUGUACGAGUGCGCGUGGGUAACACAGAUGCAGAAGGCAGGAUGGUCAUGUCUGACCUCCUGUGCCAUAUGAAAGAAAAGGCUAUAGGUCAACCCAACCCUCAAAUCUUCACCAUUGCCACAUUGACAGGACAUGCAAUCAGAGCAAUGGGGGACAAAUAUUCAAUUGUCAUGGACAAUGGCCCUGCCAGACUGAAUGGGACAGCUCAGCAAAUUCAAACAGCCGGCCAUGCUAUGGGAGAUCCCUUUGAGAUCUCUACAAUCAGACGAGAGGAUUACGAAUUCUGUGCUGCCCCCUCGGAGUAUGAGGAUGUCCUACAGUGCAAUAAUGCCCCCUCGACUAUGACCGCCAGAGGGCACCAGUUCCCAGCAGCCUUUAUGAUUGUAUCAUCUGGAUUAGACAAGCAUGGGGUAGACUCUGAGAAACCACUGAAGUAUUCACAUAUGGACAUUGCUGGGUCCAGUGGGCCAUUCCCUGGAGUCCCUACUGGGGCACCCAUAGUUGCCUUGGCAACCAACUACCUGAAGGAUAGGCUGAAUUAAGCUUGCCAACUGUCUGCUCCAUCUAUAUUCAUCUUUUGGAAUAAGGACAGUUAUUUAGACAUGACUUGGACUCUUAAUUCUCUUGAUGGUAAUACGCCAAAUAAUUAGAAGCAUUAAUUCUUAAUUGAUAAUAAGUACAGUUUUUAUGUCACCACCACAAGUGGUUGUUUUGGUCUCCAACUUUUUUGUGUAUGGUGG